UAAAUAACGAAAUAACGACAGAAUAUCCAUAGCACCAAAAAAACCGUACGAUAUUAAAGAAACAGAGCCGCGGGGGUCGCUGCAGCAGAGGGAGGAUGUAGUUUAUUGAUCGUUUAAUUCUCUUCAAGCGUGUUUGUACUGGAGCCUGUGUGCGCGCCCCCGCGCUCGUUCCCGCGGCCGUAUUAUUGUCAUCUCGGUUUGUUUGAUUUCUAACGGAUUCGGUUCGAUCCAGGUUCUGUUCACACGGUAAGAAACACUGAAUUGAAUGCGAUCGCGUCCGCCGGAUGUGGAAGUUGAUGAGUUUGUGGGUAUUAAUAUUUCCUCUUCCUCCGGAACACGAGCGAUUUCCUGUUUAUUGCUUUUAACGGGCUGCGCUUCACAGUAGCGAGGAGGAUGAGGAUGAUGUUUGAGGCCUGAGAUGAAGCGCUUCUUCUCGUAUAUACAUAUGUCUCUGGUGGAUUUGGGGAAGAAGCUCCUGGAAGCUGCUCGGGCCGGUCAGGACGAUGAGGUCCGGAUUCUGAUGGCGAAUGGAGCUCCGUUUACCACUGACUGGCUGGGCACGUCUCCGCUGCAUCUGUCGGCUCAGUUCGGUCAUUACUCCACCACAGAGGUUCUUCUGCGCGCCGGCGUGAGUCGAGACGCUCGCACUAAAGUGGACCGGACACCGCUGCACAUGGCUGCGUCUGAGGGUCACACACGGAUCGUGGAGCUGCUGCUGAAGCACGGCGCUGACGUGAACGCCAAGGACAUGCUGAAGAUGAGCGCGCUGCACUGGGCCACGGAGCACAGCCACAGAGACGUGGUGGAGCUGCUGCUGCGCUUCGGAGCCGACGUUCACACGCAGAGCAAGUUCUGCAAAAACGCUCUGGACAUUGCGCUGGACAACAGCUGCCACGAGCUGGCCGAGAUCCUGCAGGUGGCGAUGCAGAACCAGAUCAACACAAACCCUGAGAGUCCAGACACGCUGACCAUCCACACGGCCGCGCCGCAGUUCAUCAUCGGCCCGGGAGGAGUGGUCAACCUUGCCGGACUCGUGUCGCCCGCCAACAGCAGCAAAUCCACAGUCGUGUCCGCUGAGGAGCUGAUCACCGCAGACUCCGUCGACGGGGCCAUACAGCAGGUCGUGAGCUCUGGGGGUCAGCAGGUCAUCACCAUAGUAACAGACGGCAUUCAGCUGGGCAACCUGCAGACGGGCACAGGACUCAGCCAGCCCAUAAUAGUCACCAUGCCUGACGGACAGCAGGUGCUGACGGUGUCGGACACAGAGGUGGCAGAGGAGACGGUGGUCAGCGAGGAGCCGUGUGUGAAGCGUCAGCGCGUGAAGGAGGAAGACGACGCUCAGAUCCAGCAGACGCUCUCGCUGGAGGACUUCCAGGAGAAAGUGUCUCUUCUGAAGCAGCUGGAGCAGGCGAACCGCGAGGCGCAGAAAUACAGACAGCAGUUCCUGAAGAAGGAGCAGGAGGCCGAGGCUUACAGACAGAAGCUGGAGGCCAUCACACGGCAGAGUGCCAAGAAAGCUGCGUGAAACACGCCGUCAGCUUCUGUGACUGGAUCCUGAUCAUUCGUUUCCUUCAGUUCUCCUCUGUGGUGCUCGUGUGGCCCACACGGGUUCGAUUCUGACCCACAUCCCAGCACCCUUCACCAGCCUCUGAAUAAAGAGACAAAAGCCCCUCAAAACCUGAACGAGGAUCAUGAAUUGUGUAGAAAUGUCAGAUUUCAUAAAGCACAGUAAAAAAUCUAAAGUUGAGAAAACUUCAUACGUUUAAGACAAACCGCUUCAGAAGAGUGUUGAGGUUU